GCUACUAGUUUUAUUAAAUAGAUAUAUAUAUUUUAUCAUGUCCACCAAGCCGAGAGUUCAGAAAGUCAAGCUUCCUCCUAUACGUCUCAUUUUUAGAUUUCUUCAAAAGAAAGCUCGAGUUCAGGUUUGGUUAUGUGAACAAAUAAAUAUGAGAAUUGAAGGCCAAUUUGCUGGAUUUGAUGAAUAUAUGAAUCUAGUGAUUAACGAAGCUGAAGAAAUUUAUUUGAAAACUGGUGUUAGACGGAAAAUUGGCACCAUUAUGCUAAAGGGCGAUUGUAUUACACUUAUACAAAACGCUAAUCCUGAAGAUAACGAUGAUGACGAAUAGUUUACUUUAGAACAUUUCU